UGACUCUUCAUCGUUUUCUCUCAAAUAUAACUUCAAAGCAGAGGUAAUGUCUCGUCGAUUGGGAGGGGGAGUUGAAGGGGGGGGGAGAGUCAGCAACUGCCCUGCCCUGCUGAUCAGAGUGGACAAAAGCAACGCCAAGCUAAAGAGAUGAGGGGGGAAAUUGCCCCAGUGAAAGGAAGAAGCAGGCGGUUGAAAUCGUUCCCUUUCUUUCCAAGGCCUGGAAUCUUUCUGGUUGCUGGGUUGUUUAUUCUUGGCAGAGGAGAUCUCUCUCUCUCUCUCUCUCUCUCUCUCUCUCUCUCCCCACACACCUCCAGCUUUCCUUUAGUAUCCCGAAGAAUAAUGGGCAUCUGGGAGCUGUUUCAAGUGGACUUUAAUUUGUCUUAAUGAAACUCACAGCAAAUAAUUCCCAAGCGCCCACCCCCCACCCCUCUGUGUGCGCAGUGGCCACAUACCAACCGAGCCACCCGUACAAGCAAAGCAGCCGACGGGGGGCGCGCGCACACACAAGCACGCGCUUUUGAAAAGAAGCCCCCCACCCCCUCGCCGGGUCGUUUAUUUUUUUUUUAAAAAUGCGUGCGAUUGCGUUUCAUCAGAUAUCUAAAAGCACUUAGAUUUUAAAGGUUUCAUAAGCUUCUCUUUUCCCAACACGGCAGCCAGGAUCCGUGACUAAAAAUUAACUGGUGGCAAACGAAGCAGGUGGGAGGGGGGCGCGAUGCGGAGGGGAGAGAGAUGGAUGGGGGGCAAAACAAAGUUUGCGCAAAGUAGCAGAACCGCAGAGAGAGAGAGAAACCCUGUCAAGUGAUUGCGCUCUCCAUGGAGAUCCGAGGACCAAUGAGAGGGGCAGAAGCUGUUUAUAGGGGCGGAGCGUCUCCAUAGCAUCCAGAGAAGCCUUUCGGAGCAGCUACUUAUUGACAGUCAUUCUGUUGCUUACAAAUCACAGCGGCUCCGGAAUAAAAGGGCUCUGGCAGCGAGGGGCGUAAUAAUUCAUCCAACGGGAGAGCAGUAGAAAUCUACCCUAUUUCCCUCCCCGGCCCCCACCGCCACACACUUCACCCCACUGAAUAUUCGGCGCUUAGUAGUAAACACUUGGCGGUAGUGGGAUUCCUUCGUAGGAACAGGUAAGAUAAACGGAAUUAUUUGUUUCUUCAUAAGGCGGGGAGGGCAGGCCAGCUUUAUUUCUCCGCCACGUUAUCCUGGGGAGGCUGGAAUCCUCCCAGCACACAAUUUUUUUUUAUUUUAUGGUUCUGGCCAGACGUGAAUGCAGAGGGACCCUCUCAUGAAUCCAUCAACGCAAAUGUAACAACACUUUCAUUUAAAAGGGGAAGAAAUAAUCCAUGGUAAGAGCCUUUUGGGGGCUUGAUUGAAUUCUGUGUUUUUCAUGUGAAGAUGGUUGGCAUGAAUCUUCAUGUACUAGUUCAGGGGGAGUAAAGCUUAAAUACAGGUACUCGGCCACUCUUCUUCUGGUUCUCCAACCUAAACGCCCUCUUGUUAUGCUUACAUAUGUGGCAUACAAGAUUCAUAGGAUUUCAAAGCAGCCCAGUCCUAUGCAUAAUAUACUGGGCAUUAAGCCCCAUUGAGGUAAAUGGGGCUUACUCUCUGGGUACAGGAUUACAGCCUUGAGCAGCCUAGGUGUGAUUUUACCCUCUGCUCUAUGAACCAGCUGAGUCAAAGCAGUCAGGUUUAAACCGAUUUAGCUCCCUGCCAAAUCAAUGGGAGCAAUUUACAACCCUAAGCCCAUUACCUGAAGGUAGGUCCCAUUGAAAUCAAUGGGAUAUACAUCACAUAAUGUGUUUGGCACUGGGGUGCCACUUGCCUUAAUGAAAGUGCUUCAACUUAUGGAUUGUGUUGCUGGAGGUAGAUUUUCCUUUUUUUAAAAAAAUGAAUCACGUUUAUCCCCAAGAUAGCCUUGGAAAUUCUAGGCAUUAUGGAAUGGCAUGAAACUCCCACCAUCUUAACCAUUUUUAGGGCAGUAUUCAUACCUCUGAUGUUGAAGAAAACAAAAACAAAAGCUGAUGGUGUUGUGCAUUGAGUGAGGAAUCAAUGACAGAUUUAAAACAGAGGCUACUUCAAAUCACUAAGAUGGAAUCUGUAAAAGGGUUAGGGACUGUCAGGUUUGCAAGCUGAAGCAUUUAUGAAGCUGAAGAAAUUUUUAUUUACCUAGAAGGAGAUACUAACAUGUUCAUUUCAGUUGCAUGUUUCUAGCUGGGUUUUAAGUGUUUCAAUAGGAACAAAUGCUACUUAGAUUCUUGGCAGUUUUGCGAAAAAUCUUGCCACAAAAGAAAAAAGGGGCAUUUGGGUGAAUUCCACCCAUCUUAGGCUGUGGUCUGCAUAAAGCAGGCUAGUUAAGCAGGCUGGUUUGAGAAGGGGAUCCUACACCCAGGGAUGGCUCAAUUCUCUGGGAUUACUUCAAGGGUAUAUUUGGCUCCAGUGCUUUUAGAGUGUCUGGCUAGAAAACAACCUGCUCAAGUGUUUGUUUGUGAGCCGCCCAUUUGUUAGGGGCUUUGAACUUCUUCGUGUUAUUGUUGCAGGAUUGUCACCCCCCUGCCCUUCCCCCUUCUUCCCCCUUCCUGCUCUCCCACAAUUCCUGAAUGUUGGACUUGCCUAUUUUGGCUUCCCCUGACAUGACUGACAGCUGGCUGAACGUGCAGUCUGAAGAAGAGAAAGGCCAGGAAAGCAGCAUGGCGGAUUCGAGCAACCUGGACGACAGCUUGACCAGCCUACAGUGGCUUCAAGAAUUCUCCAUCAUCAACGCCAACAUGGGCAAGGCAAGCUCUUCCCCUUGCAGCACAGAUCCUCACGGCUAUCACAAGAUCCCUGGCUCUGCUGCACCGUGUUCCCCUCUAGCUGGUGACCCGGCUUGCAUGGGGAUGCCCCAUACCCCUGGCAAGCCAAUCUCCUCUUCCACAUCCAGGACUGCACACCUGCAAGGCCAGCCAUUAGAAGACAUAGAUUACAAGACUAAUCCCCAUGUAAAGCCUCCUUACUCCUAUGCCACGCUCAUCUGCAUGGCGAUGGAAGCAAGCAAGAAAACCAAAAUCACCCUCUCAGACAUCUAUAAAUGGAUUACAGAUAAUUUCUGCUAUUUCCGCCAUGCAGACCCCACAUGGCAGGUAGGUGCCUAGGAUGGGACAGCCCAUACCUCUCUGCAUUUUGGCCACCCAGUCAUGUGGGUGAGGUUAUAGUGCACUUGCUACUGUCUCCAUGUUUUCUGUUGGCUACCCACUGCAGUUCAUGACCAGCCAUCCUCCCAAAUCAGCCUUGAUGCUCCUAUGACUUGCAUUAUCUGACAGUGAAACUGUUUCACCACUAUUUAAAUGCUCAUAAUUUCCAUGUGAGCAAGUGUUGUGUACACCUAAUAUGCUAAUGAAGGAAAUCUAAACUACUUGGCCAGAAUCCUUAAAAAUGGCCAUGCUUAGAGCAGGAAACAGCUCCAUGCAUUCUUAACACACAACACAGUUGAUGUUUAGUCGUUUAGUCAUGUCCGACUCUUCGUGACCCUGUGGACCAGAGCACGCCAGGGACUUACUUGAUGGGACUUACUCCCAGCUAAGUAGAGUUAGGCUUGCAACCGGGGGCUGGACCCACAUCAUACCUUUUGAGCACAUUCAAAGCAUUCACACCCCAAAUAAAUCCUGGGAACUGUAGCUCACCCCGACAGAACUGCAAUCCCCAGCAGCUAUGACAAACUGCAGUUCCCAAGAUUAUAAGGGGUGGUGGUAGUGGUUAUGUGCUUUAAAUGUAUGGUGGGUGUGCAAAUUUAACCACUAGCACCCUUUUUCCUGGAUCAUCUUUUGUCAUACAUACAUAAUGUAAGGUUCCAUCACUGUCAGUUGUGCCACCUUACAGGAGAACCAGCUAUGUCUGUGGUCAGGUGGCUGUAAGACCCUCUUGCCACGAGAUGAGGAACAGAUCUCCUGUCAACCUUCUAUGACAUUAGAAAGCGACCAAGUGUUUGUAGUAUUCAUGCUGCAGCUCCUUUCUGUGCUUCCUUCUCCCUAGAGUGCAAUUACUGUUGCUUGGUAUGUUUCCUAUCAAGGUGUUUUGCCUGGAAUAAGCACUUAGUAGCACACAGAGGUUGUGGUAAAUGAGAAAGCAGAGCAAUGUAAACAGGCAUUUUCUCCUUUUGAAGGUAGCAAUUAUCUAACAAAGACUGUGGAUGAUUGAGAGAAUGUCCUUUUUUUUGAGGCUCCAACAAGCGUAAAGGAAGUGCCAUAGAAAGUACUGAAAACAACACAGGGGCAGUUAAGGGGAAGAGAGAAGGAAACAGGUGGAGGGCGAAAGAAAAGUAAAGAUGGCCAGAGUAGGAGCCAAGAGGCGGGUGGCGUUGCCUAGAGGUGAUUCUCCUCCAAUCUUUCAUUGGAUGCUUAAUGCUGAUAAUCCAAUCAAUCAUAAAUGGACAUUUGGAGUCAAUUAACUGCACAACUGGGAGGCAGGGGUACCAUUUAGAGAGGGAAGGGGGCAGUCAACCCCACUCCAUCCUUCAUUGUGGAUAACAUGUGAUUAUUCCCCACAAGUGUUUAUAUUUCUGGUUACAAUGAGGUAGAAAAAAUAGCCACAACAAACGCUCUCAGGAUACCUGGUUUUUUAAAAUAAAUUUUAUCUUGAAUAUACCCAAGAGUAAGCCUUGCACUUUGCUGUAAAUCUUAAUGCUCCACCCUGAAAUGUCUUUGAUUUUUCCCCAGAUUUCAGUGGGAACAAUCUUGUUAGGAGGGCUUUGGAAACCAGCUCUUUGAAUAUGGAACUAUCUUCCAUAUUCGGUAUCUGGAAGCUUAACUUCUUGUAUCCAAAAUUUAGUUGGUCACACAAGUAGGAUAUACUUGGCCGAUUUGCAUCAUGCCUGGAGAGCAUUUAAAACAAGCAACUGCUUCAUACACUUCUAGGGAGAAAGAGGAGAAAAAGUCAGGGGUAUAAAUUUCUUUCCCCCCUAUCCCACCCUUUGAUCCACUGAGGAGGAAACGCAAGUGCCAAAGAAAUUGAUGUGUCUUUUCUGUGCGACCUGAUGCUUUCCAAGAUUGACUGUGGAGAAGCAUUUGAGAUAAGGCAAAAUAAAGAUUUGAGAGAGGUUAUUAGGAAAGAGGUGCAUCUAAGUGUAGAAUGGCUGGGAUAUUGGAUCAGAAGUAUGCAGUGCCUCAAAUGGUCAAAGACAGAAAUAUUAUAACUUUUCACUAACCUCUUGGAGAGGUGUAAGUAACCUGCAAGGUGUUGCUAGACUACAAUUCCCAUCAUCCUUGAUCAAUGGCCAUGCUGGCUGAGGGUAAUGAGAGUUGAAAUCCAAUAACAGCAUAUGAAGAGCCAAAGUCUCAUGACCACCAGCUGAACAGCCUUGGACAUAAGACAUCAGCCUGCAAUGAAGGCUGUGGCCUGUAAUGAGAAUAAAUUCACUUUUGUUACCAUGUUAACAACAAUAUUGAAAUAAUGCAUGUUGAGGCUCUCUCCCUCCCAUAGGAAGCACUACAGUGUAAGGAGGAAUCUCUGUCCUUGAGCACCACCUCCUUCAAUUCCCAGUGUCUGUGAUACAUGGUAGACUCAUUUGUGUCUUUGGCUCCUUGAGGUUUAAAAAUAUUUGAGUCAACGGUAGGCUGGACAAGUAAAAGUUUGGGUAGGAAAAAAGAGGGAAAGUUUUGCCUUUCAGAAAAUCCAAAUAAAAUUUGUUCACCAGGUCUUUAUAAGGUACUUAACUGGACUCUAUUGCUGUAGCAUCUAUAUGGCUUGUAAUUUUUUUAUGUCCUUCAAAUAGUCCUGGUAAGACAGUGAAUCUGUAGCCCCACACCAAUAGACGGAGACCCAAAAGUCAGCCUAUUUCAAGCAUCCACUCUUAAUUCUAUACCUUGGACUUCCCCUUCUGCUCUCAAAGCACUGUUUUCUAAAAAUAAUAACCAUCAUCAUCAUCUCAGUCAAAGGAAAAUGAUGAGUACAUGUCAUUCAUUUCUGACAAUUGUUGUGACAGUUUGAUAUUCAUGGGUAGUUUUAGUGUUGAAUCCUUGAGGGAAACCCUCUUGAGAUGUUCCUUGUCACAUCAUCCUUAAGAUCAUAAGAGCCAACUCCUAGGGGUUGAAGGGAAUUCACCCCCCCCCAAAUUGAGGGGACCACCCCCCCACUAAGUUGAUGGGCAUUGCCAUUCAAAUGGUGUGCGUGCACCGCGUCAUGUGAUCAAUUACAAGGGGUGGGGCUUAUCUGGGCCCUCCAGUAUUUUAUUGAAGUUGGCACCCCUGCUUAAGGUGAAACAAAGAGUUUCCUCUCCAUCCUAAGUGAUUAGUGAAAGAGUUAGAUUCUAGGUGGCUGGAUAUGAUGGUGAUGACAUGACAUGGUACAGAAUUAUUGUCAUUCCAUCACCUGUCAAAAGGCUGCCACUACACACUGCUAAGCUUGUUUCCAAUCCUCCUAGUAGACUGUAUCACAACCAGGUCUCUUGAUGUGCCAAAACACUAUUGCUUGCAGUCACUACAAUAACGCUGCUCAGUGUAGUGGAUGUUUCUGAUUCCUACCAUGGUCACAAUGCAUAAAACAAGUGUAACAUCUAGCCUGAUGAAGACUUCUGGAGAACUCAAAAGCUUGCUCACUAUUUUCUGACAUUCUAGUGGUCCUAAAUCCUAAUAAAGGUAUUGACCAAAACUAAAUCCAUUAGGUUUCCUAUGAGAUUGGAACAUUUUAUGUUUUACAGAAUUAACAACAACAUGGGGAUUAAUAAGUACAAAAAGAAAGAAAGAAAAACCCUUGCAUAUUGAUGUGGUUGAUGCAAACUUUCCUGUUCUUUCUUUCCCCUUUUUAAAAAAACAAAAACCCAGUAUUCACUCCCUCUUUAUCGUGAUGCAGGUGGUUUGAUGGAUCCUUGCAGGGAAGAAUGAUAAAUAUGCUAACUAGCUGGGUAAUAAUCAGCUUGUAGGCAAGCCCAGCAGAUUUAAACUGACUCUAGCAGGGGAGAGGGUUAUUCUCUGACCCUUGUAAAAUUUCAUUAAACAGUAAAUUCUGACUCAUCGGAGACCAGCGCGUUCACAGGAAUUUCUUUCUUUCUUUUCUCCUUUCUUUCUUUUUUUCUUUCUUUCCCCUUUUUCCCAUCGUGCCCAUGUUCUCACCCGCCUCGUCAACCCCAGUUCCUGUAAGUGCAGACACAAAGUCAAAAUGUCAUGCCACCCAUAAGCAGGGGGGUGGGGGGUGGGGAGAGAUUCCUGUGGGAGCUGUGUGCUUUGGAAAGGAGCCAAGAUGCCCAGGGAGUUUCAGCCUAGAGGAAUAGCUUCUUAUUAUUAUUUAGCCCUCCAGGCAUUCAAGCCUUGCUUUUGCUCUUUGGCAAUACGGAUUAUGGAUGAAUAAGCAUAAAGAUAUCCAGGCAACAUUUUUUUUAAAGAAAAAAAAAAAGAAUGAAAAACUCUUGCACACAAUCCUUUACCAUAUCCAAUCUCUUAACACCCUCAUGGCUUUGUGCUCUAUAAGAGGGUGUUAUUUACCCAAUAACAGAGUUUCCUUUCUGACUGUGCACAUCACUCCAGACACGCACAUUCAUUCUUCUGAGGAGUAGCUCUAUGGGAACAGUAAAUGCCCCUUCUUUUGGUUUCUCUCUUUGUUGCUAUUUUUUUCUAGAGCUUUUCUGAUUUUUCUUUUCUUUUUAUGAUGAUUCAGAGGGUGAUUUCAUAUGAAGUCCAUUCCAACCAAAGGAUGUUCCAUGGGUGCACAAAUGUGUGUCGUACAUGGGUGUGUAAAUAUAAGCAAUCCAUACCAAGGAGGCCAGUGAGUGUGCAGAGCAAGGGGGGGGUUAUGUUGUGUCCCCUUUUCCAUUUCUGUCAAAUGAAGUGGUUCUUUCACAGUGUCGUCAUAUUUAGCACCAUAGUGUACCAUGGUAGCUGUGGUUUAUGGGAUAAUCCUUGAGCAUCAGACAUGUUGGUUCACACAUCAUUUGAAGCUUAGCUGUGCUUUAAAAGGCGAACCUGCAGUGUGCUGGUACACAGAGCAAAAACUGCAGCUGCUUCAUUCCUCCCCUACGCCUGCCAGGAAUGAAACCAUGGUUUGGAUUAGUGACACUUGAGAACCUGAGCUCACUGUUUGUUUUGUGCAAGCAAACCAGAAGCCAGAAGCCAAGAACAAACUUAGGUAAUUUACAGUUUAUGGUUUGUUUGGAGGGAGAAAAAAACAAUGAGCCCAGGUUUAGAUAUAAUCCUAGCAGCCUAGCAUGAGCAGAGGAAGAGCAAAGUAGCUGAAAUGUUAACAGUGCCUCAAGUACCUUGCAUGUUCAUUUUUAAACUAUAGGUUUUUAAAGUGACACAUCAGCCAGGCCAAAAUCAGUUUUCUGGCUAGCAUGGAAUUUAAAAAACAAUCCAACUAUGAGGGCCAUAAAAUGUCUAGCUUACCUUUCUGGUCUCCUAAAGCAUUGAGGUCUGUUCUCUUCUGAUUUUGAGGAAGUGAGAUGGUGAUCUUCUUCAUCUCACUGUUCAGAAAGUUGCUGUGAACACUUCUGACCAGAACUAGUGAAACAGAAACUGUCUCUUCUAGCACCAUGGAAGGGGAAAAGGCGCUAUUUCUACUACACUAUUUCACUGCAUUACAGUCUGUUCUGGUCCAGACCUAAUAUGUAGUCUCUUAGAUUGAAAGAAACUAUUCAUUGUAACUGGGGCUGGGGAAACCCAGGCAGAUGGGCAGGGUGUUGUUGUUGUUGGCAUAUUAAAGGAGACACUUGAUCUUAUGAUGACUGACACUCAGGAUAAAUGGAGGGCAUCUACAUUAGCUUUUUCUUAUAUUAAGGUGCUCCCCCCCUCCAGUAAUUCUGAAUGAGCUGGAGCUUGGGGGAAUAUAAAUGUCUUUCCUUAAGCAUCACUAAAGGACAGCAAGGCUGGGCAUGUGGUUGCUUAAAAAUUACUUCUCUUUCUUUGCCCUCCACCUGCAGAGAUUGUUGGGGUGCCUUAUUUCCAGAGGUCAAUUUUCCUCUUAAUCUUCCACAUAUGCCUCCAUCAAAACUCUCUUUGCACUUUCUCUUCCACCAUCCAUAUUUUUUUCUCGUGCCAACACUGGACUGGAUCAUUAUAUUAUCUUGUACAUCCAUCCAUACCUGUCUUCAGGCUAUUCCACCAUGGCUUUCUGGUUUUCUUUUCCAGCUGAAACUAAUUUUUUGUGUGGUUACUGAGUAUCAUCUCUUUUUUUUAACCACAUCAGUUGUUUUUAAGGAUGUUUUGUACUUCUGUAAAUUUUGGGAUUCCCCCUAAUUACUCUAGUUUCUCGGUGGCUCAGUCUUGGCUCCACUUCUGCUGGCAUGUUUGUUAUUUAAAGGAGUGGUGGAAGGAGGGCAGCAGACUAGAAAAGGUGUGUCAAUAAGAGAAUGAGUGUCUGUGUACUAUGAGGGAGAUGAAAGACCCUUUUCACAUUUUAAGUAUUAUUAUUUAUGAAAAGUUUUAAGUACAGAUUUAAACAGAUUUAAUCUCAUUUAGCUCUCUUCUUGACUUCCUUGACAACACCUUGGAAAUGGUAGCUUUGCAAGAGUGCUGAGAAUUAUUUCUUAGAGACUUCUGCACAGAACAGCAAUUUGAAAGCCAGGGUGUGCUUUGAAAGUCGUUUAAACUUGUAAUAUAGACACACAUGGCAUAAGAUACCUAUCUUUUCCUGAAAGCUCAGGGCAACCUAGAACAUUUUAGCAGAAUCAAACCUUGACACUAAGGGCAGAUCCAUACCCUACAUUUAAAGUAUAUCCAACACAUGGCUUCCCCCAAAAGAGUCCCAGGAACUGUAGUUUCCCCUUUGUUGUUGUUGUUGUUGUUUAGUCGUUUAGUCGUGUCCAACUCUUCGUGACCCCAUGGACCAGAGCACGCCAGGCACUUCUGUCUUCCACUGCCUCCCGCAGUUUGGUCAGACUCAUGUUUGUAGCUUCGAGAACACUGUCAAACCAUCUCGUCCUCUGUCGUCCCCUUUUCCUUGUGCCCUCAAUCUUUCCCAACAUCAGGGUCUUUUCCAGGGAGUCCUCUCUUCUCAUAAGGUGGCCAAAGUAUUGGAGCCUCAGCUUCACAAUCUGUCCUUCCAGUGAGCACUCAGGGGUAAUUUCCUUAAGAAUGGAUGCGUUUGAUCUUCUUGCAGUCCAUGGGACUCUCAAGAGUCUCCUCCAGGCCCAUAAUUCAAAAGCAUCAAUUCCCCCUUACAGAGCUACAAUUCCCAGCACCCCUAACUGCAGUUCCCAGGAUUCUUUCUGGGAAUUUCUGGGAAGUUCUGUGUGUUGAAUGUGCCCUAACUCUAUGCAAUGCAUGCACUAGAAAAAGCAGACAGGGUACUAAAGAACACCCCUCAUCUCCCCACACUUGCCAUUGGCAUCUAUAGGCCAUCUCAAAUGAAGGUUCUUACAAAAUACUUCCAGUAAAUAUUCUGGUUCAUGUCGCUCUUGUAUGAAUUUAAAGUGACAUCAUCUGACGUUCUUGGUUGAUCAUGAUGGUUAAAAUAGCAUGAUGGGAGUUGAGGCACGAAUCCAUAUAUUUCAAAGUUGUAUAGGAUGGUCAUUUAUCUGUAGAAAUAUGCCUGGCUACGUGUCUCAUUUAAGCAUUAUUCUAUUCCAGAUUCAGUUUCACUGUGGCAAGCCACUUCAGCCUUCUUCCUUGCUGAAAAGACCUUCACUCUUACAGCUGAUUCAGCCGCCUUCAUUGUAUUCACUUCAAUGUGGGUUUAUGUUUGCAGUUACUGAUAUUAAAACUCCAUUUUGUUUAAUUCUGGUUUCAGAACUCCAUUAGGCACAACCUGUCCUUGAACAAGUGCUUCAUCAAGGUGCCACGAGAGAAGGACGAACCAGGGAAAGGUGGAUUCUGGAAGAUCGACCCCCAGUAUGCAGACAGGCUGAUGAACGGAGCGUUCAAGAAGCGCAGGAUGCCCCCCGUGCAAAUCCACCCAGCUUUCACCGGAAGACUCCAGCAGGAUGCUGGCUCCAGUUCAUUGGCUCACCAGGCGGCGGCAUCUUGGAAAAACAACAGCAUCCUGAAAAUCAACAUGGAGUCUCAGCAGCUGCUCAAAGAGUUUGAAGAAGCCACUGGCGACCAGAACUGGAACCCAGCAGAUGGGAAAAUGAGCCAUAAACGCAAGCAGCCACUCCCCAAGAGGAUGUGCAAGACAGCCCGUCUCUCCAGCUCCCCUCUGCUUACUCAGGAAGAGCAGACAGAGCUUGGGUCUCUGAAAGGUGACUUUGACUGGGAAGCUAUCUUCGACACCACUUUAAAUGGUGACUUCUCCACCUUUGAGGAUCUGGAGAUCACUCCUCCUAUCAGCCCAAUAACCAGGGAUGUAGACUUGACUGUGCAUGGAAGACAUAUUGACUGCCCACAGGAGUGGUGCCCUGCCGGGCAGGAUUACAUCCUAACCGAAUCCAACCAGAACAGCUUGGACUUUGACGAGACCUUCAUUGCCACUUCUUUCCUCCAGCAUCCCUGGGAUGAAGGGAGAAACGAUUACCUCUCGAGUUCUGUCAACAUAGAUCCACUCUUUGAACUCAACGAUCCUUCGUUGCAGACGGAAAUGAAUGACUGGAGCAAUGCUGGGUGUCUUUAAUGAGUGACAAGAGCCCUGGCUGGAAGGCUCAAGAUCAUCCCAGGUUGACCUGCUGUAUGAACAAGAUUGGCCCAGUGCUGCAGGACUUUACACGAACAGUAGAAUCCUCUAGCAAACAAGACAUCUUCAUUCUUGGGACCACGUGGAUCGCAGAGGUGUCAGGGGUGGGGAGGGAAAGAUCUGGAGAAUUUGGCAGGAUGUAUCUGAAAGCAACACACGGGGAACUCUGUACCCCAAAAGACAACAAAAUAAUAAUAAUACAGUACUUAUUUUUGUGUUCUUUUAAAGAAAUAUGGAAUUUUUCUACUUCGGGGGUGGAGGGGAUUGAAAAGGGCAUAUCUUCCUUGCAGGGGAGGGCAUGACAUUUGAAUAUAAUGGAAUAGGAUGGAAGAGCUGGCCUUUUCUGGUUACUAAGAACAUGUUAGAUCUGUGAUUUCUGUAAUUUCCUCUUCCUUCUUUUGUCCAUUUGCUUCUCCCUCCAUCCCUCUCUUCGAUGUGAGUGUGUUUGCAUUGUUUCUACCCAGGGAAAAAUUCUUAUAGGUAAAACAUGGGACAAUUAAGUAGCAGGCAAAUACAAUUCCCAUCUGUAUUCUAGGAAUUUCAGCCACCAGUCUAUCUAGGACUAGUUUAGAUGUUGACAUCUGUAUGUUCAGAAAUGAAUCAACAAGGCAAGAUCUUUCAGGCUUAUAAAAUAGAGAGCCUACUAUAUAUCUAUAUAUCUAUUACAAAACCUAUAUUUUUAGCUACAGGGCACAAUCAGUAGAGUAUUUACAGUGGGGGUGGGGAAUGAGGAUUGUUUGUAAUAAUGUUAAUUAAGAUUGAAGUGUAUCAAGCAUUUGUUAUACAGAGGGGAAAUAAUAAAUAAAAUAUGCAAGUGGGAAUUCCUGCCAGUAGAGGAUUUUUAAAAAUCCACAAAUGGGGACCUGGCAUUCUCUAGACGGUCCUUUUUACUUAUUUUUGUAUCUUAAAUUCUUUACAUUUUUGCAAUCCUGACUGUGUAUACUGUAAAGCCUAGACAUUUGAAGUCAUGGCAGGCAGGCCCUUUAAAGUCUUGAACAACUAACAAAGUACCGUACCCUUUCCUAGCCGGAAGCUAUGAAGGAAUUUGUGUGAUUAAAAGACAGACUCCGACAAAUCAGUUGCCAACACAACUGAUCAGUAAUGAAGGGCUAUUAUUUUCCUCUCCUUUUGGCCAAGCGAUCCCGGGUGGGUACUUCUAAAAUAUUCCUCUGCUUUAGUUAAUGUCUCCGUAUAUUUGAGUCUCUAGCCAGCGAAAGUUUAAAACAAAACUCCGAAUGGGCAUGUUAAUAAGUGGCUCUAGACUCAUGGUGGGUACACACUGUGUGAUAAUUUGUAUUCAGUGCUGGAUGAAAGUGCACUUUUGAGGUGCUGUACAUACCGACAACAUCCCGCUGCAUAUUUUUAAAAUGCACAUUUUUUUCAAGGUGAGGAAGGAACUAAACAUGUGCAAGUGUGGUGAGGUGUUGCACCAUUUAUUCCAGCGCUUAGGGGGUGUGACUAGACUACAUGAAUGGAGGGGAGUAGAGAACAUCGCUGUUCACUGCUUCUUAAACACUCCUCCUACCUGUAUGUACAGAUAGCACAGAGACUAACUCCCGCUUUAGGCAACGUUGCUGUGCAAAGCUGUGUACAAUGGCAAAGUGCUACGUACAAAAGCACUCUGUGGAAUAACAAGCCCUGUGCAUUUCAAACUGUACGUGUGCCCAUAGCCUUAAGUGGAUGGUUACAGGCCAAAGGCUGUAUAUGCAGUGGAAACUGCAAAUGAAAGCUUCCCCCUGCUUUCUUAUUUAGCUUUCAUCCUAGAACUGAAGUUGCCACCCAGCUAGGUGUUUUAGCCCACAGCUAAUGUUAAGCCAAUAGUCAUCUUAAGGUUUAUGUGCAUUCAAAUAAAGUAAAUUCUGCAUAUUCCCAAUAGUUAUGGAGAUUCCCCCUGGGAACCUGGCAGUCUUGUCUGGAACAUGAUGAUAUUUUAUAGGUAUUUACCUUUCUGGAAUGGUAGAGCUCUACUGUCUGCAUUUAGCAGAUGCAGAAAGAAAGAGAACGUUCUUCAAGCAAACGUCAAUCCUUUUUUUCUUUACUUCUCUGCACCUUCCUGAAUAAUGUACACCCACGUGCAUUAUGUUUUGAAAUGUUAAUGUUUCCAUCCCCUUAAUCAGUCUGCCCCAAUGAUUUUUAAGUGGGGAAAGGCUACAACCUGGGGAGAAAAGUGCAGGCUUUCUGUUUCUGUGUGACAAAUAUGAAGUGCGAUAAAUGCCUCUUUAGAACCGCAUCUGUUCACAUCAGAGUAUUCUGCCCGCCCACCAGUUUAUUUUAACAAAAGAGCUAGACUUCCAGGGACAAUAAUUUGACACCUAGAGAUGGCUGCUUCCCAUGCUACAUUCUCUUUGUUCACAAUUUAAAAAAAAAUAACCCGCAUCAUGGACACAGAUGAAUCUGCAGAGAAUCCAAGCACAGCUCUUUGCUUUCUGCCACCUAUAUUAGUCCUGUGCUCACAUUAGUGUGCAAGGAGAGAUGCGGCAAUGAAGCAUUGUUAUUUCCUAGCACUUUUAGUAUUCAGCAUGCUUUACAAUCAUCCUCACACCAUCCCUCAAAGGUACGCCAUUGAAUCUCUCUAUAGGCAGAAGACUGAAGGCCAUUCCAAAUGGCCUGGGGUGUUUUUAUGUGCAGUAAAUGUGCAUUUGGUUCUGAGUUGCUGCACACUGUCUAUACACAUCGGCUGCACAUUAUAUUUUCCAAGCACUUGACCCACAUUUAUUUUUUUAUCUUGGGAUAUGCAGAGUGCACACAGUCUAGAAAGGGCAACCUGUUGACUACACAUCCAACCUCCAAUACAAUUUUUAUGUGUAAUCAAGAGUUUAUGAGUUCUGGCAGCACCAAGGUAGUCCCAUAUUUGGGAUGGGGAUAGACACCAUUUAUUCCUUGAAGCAUCUGCAGGAAUGUAGGACAUAAAUUCGCAGAUAAAAUAAACUGCCCCCGAGCAUGGACAGCUUACACCCUGCCAAGUACUAGACUCCUAAAGGGUAACAGAGCCACACCUCCUGGGUAGUAAAAAUGUUCUGCCUCAUGACAUUCACAGAUGAACUGCCACCACCUGCCUAGUCUUCAUUACUUGGGUGAUAAAGCACAUGGCCCCCCAAACUGGCCAUCUCUAGUCUAAAAUAUAUUGCCUCCAAAGGUCAACGUAAGAAGACUGCUCUGGAGGUACACACACACACACACACACACACACACACACACACACACCUGGAAAAGUCACAGGCAUAUGAGUACCUGAAAAAGCAAAGUAAUGGAAGGCAAAGUAUGUUCAUAUUCUGGGACCAGCUGGUAUUAAUAUUGCUAAUAAAAAUCAACAGAGCUUCCUGGAGCUGAGCAGGAUUCAGCCCUCUAUUUGAUUUGUAGUGGGAGUGUAGAAGAGUACUGUAUCUGGGAACCAUAUGGAUCACCUAAAUAUAAUGGGGGAAGAGGGGAACCACUGACAUGGAACUGAAAUAUGAGCAAUUCAGAUUCUAAUCCACUCCUUUGCUGUUGGAAAUGUUAAUUUACAGUGAGUUAAAAUACUAGAUUUUCUUUGGAGUGUGUUUAGAUUAAUGAAAAAUAGCAAGCUAGGAACUGUUGCUGUUGGAAACAAUAUUAGAAACCUUAAUCAUGUCCGUAGAUAUGUGUACAUGUCUCUCUCUCUCUCCUUAUUGCUUGUUUAUUGAAAAAUAAAAAUUAGUUUGGGU